AACUCAUUUUGAUGAUGCCGAAUGACCUGAAACCGGAGGGGGUCGUCCUAUUUGACUUCAGUGAGACAAAAAAAAAAAAAAAUAAGGGGAAAUGUGUGUUUUCACACUGGAUGUAAACUUCUUGUUUCAAGAUUUAUCUUUACAAAAAAAAAAAAAUGUCAAAGCCCUUUGGAAUUGAGGCCUUUGUGAAUGUCCGCCAGAAGCAAAGAGCAGCGCUUGAAUUCUUGCUUUGCAAACAUUUUCAAAAAGCGGGUGUCCGGGCUCAGGAUGUACAACGGCGAGGCACCUGAUCGGGCGCCAGCAGAUUCUCACCUUUUUGGACCUUUAAAGUCCAACGUGGAAAGACGACAAGCAAGGCUGCCGGCGCACAUUGAGUCAAGCAAGCCGAGCAGAGAAGAGCUCGGCCCCGUCAUCUUAUUUUGAAAAUCUCGAGCGAGCGAGGGGCGUGCCACUUGAAGCCGGCUCGGGCUCAGGCUCGGGCUCGGGCUCGGGCUCGGAGCCGCUCCGGCUGCUCGUCAUUGUCGCUCUUGCAGCCUCGCCGAGGACUUCCUGAAGUGAAGCGGAAACUUCCUGUCGCGCGGACAGCAUGAGGCCGACGUUCGUGAGCGUGUUCCUGGGCGGCGGGCCGCAGAACUGCUGCGAGGUUCCCGUCACCCCGGAAACGCUUUGCAGGGACGUUCUGCACUUGUGUAUGGAACCGGGAGAGAACCGCUGCUGCCUCACCGAGAGAUGGAGGGGAAAUGAACGCAUCGUCGGGGAAGAGGAGAAGAUGACGGAGGUGUUGCAGCGUUGGGGGCAGCACACUGGGGAGGUGUCCUACCUUCUCAGGCGUCUGCCACCCGCAGCCGACCGUCCGACGCGCAGAGGUCUCGGCGUCGGCGAGGAUGACGAGGUGUUAGCGUCUCAUCGAGACACAGCGCUGAGCGAGCUAAAAGAUUUGGUGGCCCGACAGCAGCUACACAUCGAAGUCAAGCAACAUCUGCUGGCCUCCAAGGAGCAGCAUCUGUGGCGUUUGAGGCACGAGGACCGUUGGGAGACGUUUGAGGAGGAGCACGUACAACGUCUUCGGGACAACGCCAGCAAGCAGGAGGCCAAACUGCGGCGUGUGCGGGCCCUCAGGGGCCAAGUGGAGCUCAAACGCAUCAGUAACAGAAAGUUGGCGUCGGAAGUGGAGCACGCGAGCGUCCUGUUCCAGCGGAAGCAGACGGAGCUCCUGGCGGGCGCGGCCCACGCGGAGGAGCUGAGCAAGCAGCUGGAGGCGCUCGGGAGCGACGGGACGGCGGCCGGAGGCUCGUCUUCCUCCUCGGCCGCCGAGCUGGAGCGGCUGCGCGGAGAGCUGCAGGUGAGGAAUCGACUGAGCCAGGAGCACAAUUCGCGCUUGCAGCGGCAGAAAGACGCGCUGAGCAGGAAGAACCAGGAGGUGGCGACCGUGGAGCGACGGGUGGCCGAGCUGCGUCUGCGCCUUUGCAAGAAGAAGGCCGGGCUGGAGCAUAAGGAGAACACACCUGUGCCUUUGGACAGCCAAACCCUUCAGCAUGCCACAUCCAAGGUAGCAGCGGUGGGUCCAUACAUCCGGUCACCCUGCCAGGGUCGAGCGGUUCCGCUGAAGUCCACCUACCCGAACGGCACCGCCGCCCUACCGCUCCACAACAAAGUCGUCAACCCAACCGGCUCUAACGGAGGAGCCGCCCACACGUCCACGCUGCCCCGCGUGACCAAACUGCGUCGCUACACUUCAGGUCAACGAGAGGAACAACAAUGGUUCCAUCUGAGAUUGAAGAACUCGAGCCUUGACGACGUUCUGUCUGCAGAGUCCGACGCCUUCAGGAGUUCCAAUGGCCUGUCCCCUGUUCCCGCACGCACCAAUCACACGACAGAAAAACUGCUCGGAGAGCAGAAGGUAUCGGUGACGAAUUGCAAAGCCUCCUGCACUGGAACCUUCCCUGUCGAGAUGCGGGCAUCAGCGGGUGCUCUUCACAGUUACACCCUCCCGCUGCCGCACAAGCAGGAGAGGCCCCCAGCCGCCGCCGUGCGACCCUACACCCCCGAGCCUCUGGAAGCCCCGAAUCCCCCGGAGCCCCCGGACCCCGUGGCCCUGGCCCUGGCCCCGGCCCCAGUGCUGCAGAAGCCUCAGACGGUGGCGGCGGCGUCCAUCUACUCCAUGUACACGCUGGGAAAGAGCUACCAGUCCAACACGCUUCCACGGUGUCAGAUGCGAGUGUAUGGGAAACCAGCCCUCCAGGGCAGCGGGGGGCAGCAGUCCGACAGUUGUGCCAUCACCUCUGGAUCUUCCAAGAGCGGUGAGGUUGAUGCCAGUCGCUGGGACAGAUGCAACGCUUCUGGGGCGGAGCCUGCCACGGAGCGAGACAGUCCUCGGCCCCUGAGCCCCACCAAGCUUCUCCCCUUCCCGAUGAACACCCACAGGAACCCCAGCGACGCCGACCCGGAAGCCACGCGGCGCCGCCAGCGUGCCCCGCGGCCCCUGAAGAAACGCGGCUCCGUCGCGGAGGCCGAAGGCCCUGCUGGAUCCAAUAUCCAGAAGCUUCUUUUCCAGAAGACCACCCUGGCUGCCAUGGAGACAAUCCUCAUGGAGACCGCUGAGACUGUCCCCGUGGACACCCAAGACCCGGUCUCGGAGCACUUUGGGACAUCCGACACGAGUGAGGGAGCGGAUCCGAAGCGUUCACCCGGGACGCCGCCCUCCGCGCCCCCACGCUCCCCUAACCCGAUCUCCGCCUCCCGCCGCAACCCAGCAACUAAUCGAGAUGUCAAGGAGGAAGCCGUGCGCUCAGUCACAGCGGAGGAGUUCCCGCCCUACCCGCCUCCCCCUUACCCCGCGCGAGGGGACGCUGCCCUCAACCUGAGGCCCCCUCAGCGAAAGAAGUCUAUCCUCCGCACGUCGACCUCAGUUCCGGCGGAUCGGAUCGUGCGGGUCAAGUUCAACCCCUUGGCCGUCUUGCUGGACGCCUCCCUGGAGGGCGAGUACGACCUAGUCCAGAGGGUCGUUUACGAAGUGGACGAUCCCAGCGGGGCCAACGAUGAAGGCAUCACGGCCCUGCACAACGCCGUCUGCGCCGGCCAUGCCGACGUCGUACGCUUCCUGAUCCACUUCGGCGUUGACGUCAACGCCGCCGACAGCGACGGAUGGACGCCGCUGCACUGCGCCGCCUCCUGCAACAACGUGGACGCCUGCAAGUUCCUGGUGGAGAGCGGCGCCGCCGUCCUGGCCGUGACGCACAGCGACGAGCGGACGGCGGCCGACAAAUGCGAGGAGAUGGACGACGGAUACGCUCAGUGCUCGCACUUCCUCUACGGCGUCCAAGAGAAGAUGGGAGUCACGAACCGGGGCACGGUCUACGGCCUUUGGGACUACGAGGCUCAGAGCGAGGACGAGCUGUCCUUCAAGACGGGCGACUGCUUGACGGUGCUGCGGCAAGACGAGCAGGCCGACGGCGGGUGGUGGUGGGCGUGCUGCGGCGAUCGCCGGGGAUUCGUACCCAGAAACCUGCUCGGGCUCUAUCCAAGGAUCCGUCCCCGACACAGAAGUCUGGCGUAGCUGAGGUGGACUCCGCAGGACCGCCAAGAUCCACUCAAAUAAAUGAACAAUGUUGGCGUCAAACACAAUAAAACAUUUGGACACUUGCUUAUCAUUUUUAGGAUUUAUUGACACCGUUUCUGGUAAACACAAACACAAAACAUUUUUGAAUGAAAUCAUUUACAAAACUACAAGUGAGCUUUUCUAGCAUGCUAGGUUAGGCUACUACACUACAUUGAUUUCAAAGUCAUGCUUGACAACAAACAUUUCAUUUCAUAUUUCACGUAGGAAUACAUUCAAUAUUCUCCUUUUGGACUUCCCAAGCAACAAUCCAUUCACAGAUUUUAUUUGACGGCGACCAGUCAACGCGACUGCCGCCACCGGGUCAUAAAGUGCGUCCGGUCCCCACCACGUUGACUCCAAAUCUUCUUAAAGGAGACCCGCUCGGGGUUAAUCCGCAUCAGCGCAAGAUUAGUGGACGAGAUGAAGGACUGGCGGGGGGGGGGGGGCGGCACCACA